AUCUAGUGUCCUGUGUGACAAAAUUUAAGUUCGUGUUUUAUGUCAAAAACCAAGUUCUCUGGAAUUAAUAAAUUUUAAGUGGGACAAAAUUAAGCGUUUGGAGUGGAAUUAAGAAAAUCAAAUUGGCAAGUAGCAGAAAGAAAUUUCUGUGCGGGAUGUAUUUUGGACCUUGUCUUGGGCUGACUAGUACUGGUUAAGUUUAGGUCGUGCCCCCUUCAAAUGACCUAUGGCUGCUAGACUCAGCCCUCGUAACUCGGAAGUGAACGCUUUAGAACAGAGAGGCUAUUUAAUUGGUAGAAAAAUCGGCCAGGGCUCAUACGCAACAGUUCAUUUAGCCGACUAUGUGGACGGGUCCGGACCCAAGAGAACGCGUCUCGCCUGUAAAAUUUUCGACAAAGAGAAAGCACCGAAAGACUUCUUAGAAAAAUUCUUUCCCAGAGAACUGGACAUUUUGACAAAAAUUGAAAAUCCCCACAUCAUACAAGUGCACAGUAUAUUGCAAAGAGGGCCGCGAGUUUUUAUUUUUAUGAGGUACGCCGACAAUGGGGAUCUUUUGGAUUUUAUAAAACGAAAUGGUGUCGUUCCUGAACAGCAAGCAAAAUUAUGGUUUCGCCAAAUGGCGACAGGUUUACAGUAUCUUCACAACAAAAACAUUGCUCAUCGGGAUUUAAAAUGUGAAAAUAUAUUGUUAUCAAAACGGUUCAAUGUUAAAUUGGCAGACUUUGGAUUCGCUAGGUUUUGUGUGGACGGGGACGGUCGUCGGGUACUGAGUCAGACAUAUUGCGGAUCGGCAGCUUACGCAGCGCCUGAAGUUGUAAACGGUACACCUUACAACCCCAAACUGUCUGACGUAUGGAGUUUAGGAAUAAUCUUGUUCAUAAUGCUGAAUGCAUCUAUGCCUUUUGACGACUCAAAUUUGAGAAAACUCUUGAAAGAUCAAAUGACUCGAAAUUGGGUUUUUAGAUCGCGAGUUCGUGAUUCAAUUUCAUCGGCAGCAAAAUCGAUAGUGAGGAGCAUUUUGGAACCCGACAUAACAUUACGUCUGACCCUUGACAGGGUUUUGACUCACGAAUGGGUCAAAGUAACAAAAGAAAGGCCAAGUUCUCUGAUAGGAAGGCUCGUGCAUUCUGCGCCACCCGUACAUACACAAAUGCAAGCGCAACCCCCUACCGCAAAAGCAGCAAUCAAUGCUCCAUACCAUUGUAGAGAAGAAUCGGUACCUGGUGACCACAAAAAUUCUGAAGUGAAAAAGAGUAACAAUACGAUCAAUAUGCAGAUUGAAGAUCUAUGAACGAAAUCAUAAGUUUUAUAUAUGAUGGGAUUUUAUUAAAGAUACUUUAUAAAAAUUUAACAAUUGUUUUUUUGUCAAAUUUUUAUUGCCAAAUUGCUUGUAAUAAACGUUUAUACUGCU